AUGAGUCUACAAACAGGAAGAGGUACUCGAAGAAGACGUGGUGAAUUAGAUGAUGAUUCCGAUGAUGAAAUAAUUCGACAAAUUGAGGAGCAAGAUGAAGUAUCAUUCGAGCCACAACAACAACAACAACAGGCAUCGCCAGAACCGGUAAAGGUAAAGGUAGAACAACAACCGAAACCUCAUUAUAGACAACAAUAUAAGAAACCUCGACUGAAGUAUCACCAAUUUAAACAAGAGUUAGAUGAAUUAGAAAGUCGAGAAUUUCUCACGCCAGCUGAACAAUCAAGAUUAAAUUACUUGGUGGAUAGAUUGAAUAACUGGAACAAGUCUUCAGAUAAGUAUACUCUUCCAUCAGAACUGCAAUCGAAACAUGACAUCCUUCAUAAAAAGUCCAACGAAUAUCAAACUAUUAAUUGGGAAACUGAACAAUUUAAUCGUGCUAAUCAAUUGGUAUUACAAAAUGAUGACAAAAUCCAUGUGAAUGAUGAUACGGAGUACGAAUUUGUAUUUGAUCAAUCUCAGUUUGUAAACUACGAUGACGUGGAGGACUUGCCCGGGGAUGAUGAUGAUGAUGAUGACGAUAGUGUAGGAAAUGACGAGUCGGAUCAACCUCGAACAACUCAAUCUAAAGAAAUAGAUGAUGUUAGAAAAUCAUUACCAGUUUAUGGCUACCGAGAAGAUUUCCUCAAGUUGUUGGAUGAAAACCAAGCAUUAAUUGUUGUGGGUGAAACUGGUUCAGGUAAAACCACACAACUACCACAAUAUUUGCAUGAAUCGGGAUAUUCAAAAAAUGGUAAAAUGAUUGCCUGUACACAGCCGCGUCGAGUGGCAGCAACAAGUGUUGCGACAAGAGUGGCGAGUGAAAUGCAGGUGAAACUAGGGAAAGAAGUAGGUUAUACAAUUAGAUUUGAUGAUAAUACUCAAGAUGGAGUUACUAUUAUCAAAUAUGUUACCGAUGGUAUGCUUGUAAGAGAAUUCUUAAAAGACCUGUCACUUUCACGAUACAGUGCAAUUAUGAUUGAUGAAGCACAUGAACGUACACUUUCCACUGAAAUUUUACUUAGUUUAUUGAAAGAUAUCAUGGUCACCAGAAAAGAUUUGAAGAUUAUAAUUGCAAGUGCAACAAUUAAUGCUGAGAAGUUUUCAAAGUUUUUUAACAAUGCACCUAUUUUGAAUAUACCUGGUAGAAGAUUUCCUGUUAAAAUCCAUUAUACCAAACAACCAGAAGCCAAUUAUAUACAAGCCGCUAUUACAACUAUCUUUCAAAUUCACAUGACACAACCAUUACCAGGUGAUAUUUUAGUUUUUCUAACAGGUCAAGAUGAAAUAGAAACUGUGGAAGAAAUUCUCAAGGAUCUGAUAAUCAAACUAGGUGAUCAAAUUGACCCUAUGCUUGUUUGUUCCAUUUAUUCGAACUUACCACAAGAGUUGCAAUCAAAAAUUUUCCAACCUACGCCUUCAAAUACAAGAAAGGUUGUUCUUGCAACCAACAUUGCUGAAACCUCCAUCACGAUAGAUGGUAUAUCAUAUGUUAUUGAUCCCGGUUAUGUUAAACAAAAUGUAUAUAAUCCAACUACGGGUAUGGAAAGUUUGGUUGUUGUUCCAUGUUCACGUGCUAGUGCUGAUCAACGUGCAGGUAGAGCAGGUAGAGUUGGGGCAGGUAAAUGUUUCCGAUUGUUUACUAAGUGGUCUUUCUAUAAUGAAUUAGAAUUGAACCAACAACCGGAAAUCCAAAGAGUUAAUUUAACGUCUGUGAUAUUAUUGUUAUUGUCCUUGGGUAUAAAUGAUUUGCUUGGGUUUGAGUUCAUGGAUCCACCUUCCAAAGAAUCUAUAAUCAAAUCUUUGAAUUUAUUGUAUGCUUUGGGUGCAUUGAACUCUCUGGGGAAGUUGACUAAAAUCGGGAAAAAGAUGAGUGAGUUCCCAUUGGAUCCCAUAUUUACAAAGUGUAUCUUAACUAGUGAAAAGUUUGGUAAUACAAAUGAUAUGAUUAGUAUGAUUGCAAUGUUGAAUGAAUCAAGUAAUUUAUUUUAUAGACCCAAGGAUAAACAAGAAUUGGCAGAUAAAAGAAAGCAAGAGUUUUUUGAUGCAAAAGGUGAUCAAUUUAUGUUGUUAAAAAUAUGGAAGCAAUGGGUAGAUACCGGUUAUUCUGUUCAAUGGUGCCAGGAUUAUUUCAUUCAGUAUAAGACAAUGAAGAGAGUUCGAAAUAUUUAUGAGCAAUUGGUUAAAUUAAGCAGAAAGAUUGGCAUUGAAUUCACGACUACACCAAAAGACAAUGAUGACGGUGAUUCCAUAAUGCUUACAAAGUGUUUAAUUAGUGGGUUUUUUAACAACAUUGUAAAGCUAUCGCCUAUGGGAGACUGCUACUCGAAAGUUACCAAGGGCAACAAUACUCCUUGUUAUGUUCAUCCAUCUUCUUGUGUCUAUAAAAUGAAGCCUAAGCCAAAGUAUUUAUUGUAUUAUGAAUUGGUGCUUACAAGUAAAGAGUACAUGAGAAACUGUAUUAUAUUGGAUGAAAAACUAGUUAAAGAGUAUCUAUAG